AUGCUAGAAUUCACUGUAGAGGAGACACCCAUUUCUCCGAGUAUGUCUUCGAAGAGGCAGACGUUUCUCGAUCCUCGUGGCGUAUUAAUGUUUGGACGAAGACAGCAAGAUCAUUCGAGCGCAAGAGAGGUGAUAAAGGAAGGAGGCUUACAAGCCGAAAGAAAGAUGUGUCAGCCCAAGCGAACUCGUUCGAAUCUGGUCACGCCGCGUACCGAAACGGCAGAUGAAAUGCAGCUCGAAAAAUUAAUCAAACAGGAUAACGGGAAUCGUGGGCUAGGUCAAACUUAUUCCGUAUUCUCGGCGAACUCGGCUAAUACUGUUCAGAGGGACGAUGCGGCAAUUCUGUUCAAGACGGUGGUGGCUAUGUGGAAGUAUGUUAUUUCGUGGUGCAAAGUAUCCAUGAACGAGACUUUGAGAUUACAUUUAAAUAUUGAUAAGAAUACACAACUUGCGGUUGACGACUCAUUUCUGUGCUGUUACUACCUAAUAAGACUGUGCAUUAAUGUGCUUUUACAUAUACCGGGAUCUGUAAAAGUCUCUGGCCGAAGGCAUCAGUUAUGGUUGUCAUCAAACCGAUCCAUUCCAACUACGUCGUCGAUGGAUAUAAUCCCAUAG